GUUAUGCUGUGGUCUCAGCUGUUAGCUUCUUACUUGUUUGUGUCUUGGACAUCAUUGCCUUAGCCUUCUGCUCAGUGGCACAUGUAACCUGAACCAUGUACAGCGGUGGGAGAAGGACCUCGAAUGUAGAAAGCAGGAGAACUUCAGCGACUAUCCAGGAUGGUCUGAAAGCCAAGCUGGCCUCAGUUAGCAGCCCAAGCCUCAAGCCAAAAUCCAGCAUAAUGGUCAUUGCUAAACCUACUGGAGACUGCCAGACGCAGAUUGCAAAUGUGGACAUCAUUCUCCCCGAGGGUGAUAUCGUACCUGAUGCGAGCAGCGUCAGCAGCCCCCUCCCUAUGCCGGACAUCACAGUGGGCCAGACCUCUAGGCUGCGCGCAUCCAUGCGCCGCCACAAGAGCACCACUGACCUGCCCUACAGCCUGCAACGUGGCUACAUGCGCGGCCAGAGGCCCAGCAUCUGCACUCCCACUGCGGCUGAGCUGGCCCUGCUGAGGCGCUGCUCACUGUUUGAAGCGGCUGGUCGGCCGUGCUGUCGCCAUGCCCUCAGCGUGCCAAACAUGGCCAGCCCCAACACUAGCCCUUUACGCAGCACCUCGGCUACCCCCUCCCGCAGCGCACUUUGCACCCCAGUGCAGGAGCUAGAGGGCAAUGCCAAGGCGCGCAGCAAGCUGGUGGAGACGGAGAGCGCACAGACACCCACAUGCACACCUGAGGAGCGCGAGCAGCGGCGCUACGUCUCCAAAGAUGGAAAGUGUCGUGUGGAUUUGGCGCACAUGGCGGAAAAAGAGCGCUUUCUGGCCGACAUGUUCACCUCCUUCGUGGACCUCCAGUACCGCUGGUUUCUCUUCGUUUUCAUGAUGUGCUACACAGUUACCUGGUUCAUAUUCGCAGGGCUUUACACACUCAACGCCUUCCUGCGCGGCGACCUCGAGCUCCCUCCCAACAGCGCCAGCGACAUCCCUGUGGGGCGCGAGGUGUGCUACCCCAACAUAGACGGCUUCGUUUCAGCUUUGCUCUUCUCCGUGGAGACGCAGCGCACCAUCGGCUAUGGCGCACGCACUGUCUCCCCGAGCUGCCGCGAGGGCGUCCUUCUGGUCAUGGCGCAGUGCAUCGUAGGCUCCAUGAUUGAUGCCCUCAUGGUGGGCUGCAUGUUUGCCAAGAUCUCACGGCCUAAGAAACGAGCCGAAACGCUCCUCUUCAGCCGGACCUGUGUGGUGGCCAACCGUGAUGACCAGCUUUGCCUUAUGUUCCGCCUGGGAGACCUGCGCGAGAGCCACAUGGUGGACGCCAAAGUGCGCGCCAAGCUCAUAAAGUCGAGGCAGACGUCAGAAGGUGAGUUCCUCCCACUCCAGCAGUCCGAGAUUGACCUUGGCUACGAGUCUGGUUCUGACCGCCUGUUCCUUGUGGAGCCACAGGUCAUCCAGCACACCAUAGACUCCAACAGCCCCUUCUGGGAGUUAGGCCCGGAGCAGCUGCGCAAGCAACAGUUUGAGAUUAUCGUCAUCCUGGAGGGGAUUGUAGAGGCCACAGGAAUGAUGUGCCAGGCAAAGACGUCUUACAUUGAGACGGAGAUCGAGUGGGGAGCACGUUUUGAGCCGUGUAUGACUAUGGAGAAAGGUGCAUUCCGAGUGGACUUGCGGCGGUUUCACAGCACUUACCCAGUGCCUCUCCUCCCGUGCAGUGCACGAGAAGCUCAACAGCUUCAGAUGAUACAGGCUGGACUCGAGUUACCUGGGUCUUUGAAAGAGAGUGGAGACUGUGUGGUUGACGAGGAAGACCAAGAUGAAGAUGUCCUCCGGCCACAAGGGACUUGUGUUUUCACUAUCGAGAAUAUUCAAGAGUUAAAUGAGUCUGAUUCCCAUUAGCUGAUUGCCCAAGGUAGUAAAGUUAAGCCUGUCCACUUGUCAGUAUCAGUGCAUUUGAUGUCGUCUAAAG